GAUUCAAACUUCCGGUUGUGUGUCAUGGCGGCGCGGUGGAGUAUACUUGUAGCGAAAAAGCUAAACCUUGCUCCUUAUGCUUUUUCGCUGUAAGAGCUCGCUGUGUCUGGAGCUGGUUAGUGCGCUGCGUUAGACGAAGCGGUUCGGAUUCGAGGCUGCCAGGCGGGGGAGAGCCUGCGGUUUACAUCCGCCUGACCAUGGCGGCACACAAGCCCGUGGAGUGGGUCCAGGCCGUAAUUAACCGAUUCGACGAGCAGCUUCCUAUUAAGACAGGACAGCAGAACACUCACACCAAAGUCAGCACAGAGCACAACAAGGAAUGCUUGAUCAACAUCUCCAAAUACAAGUUUUCCCUUGUCAUCAAUGGCCUGACCAACAUCCUCAAAAACGUUAACAAUAUGCGGAUAAUUGGCGAAGCUGCUGAAAAGAACCUCUACCUCUCACAGCUUAUCAUCCUGGACACUCUGGAGAAGUGCUUGGCAGGGCAAACCAAGGACUGCUUGCGUCUAGAUGAGGCCAUGCUGGUGAAGCAGUUGCUCCCUGAGAUCUGCCACUUCCUGCACUCGUGUCGUGAGGGCCAACAGCACGCCACCCAGCUGCGCAGCUCUGCUUCAGCUGUGCUCUUCUCUCUUAGCUGCAACAACUUCAAUGCCGUCUUCAGCCGCAUCUCCACAAGAUUACAGGAGCUUACAGUAUGCACAGAGGACACUGUAGAUGUUCAUGACAUAGAGCUUAUUCAAUAUAUCAAUGUUGACUGCUCCAAGUUAAAGAAAUUACUACAAGAAACUGUACUAAAAUUUAAAGCACUAAAGAAGCCUGCACAGCUCGCUGUCAUCAACAGUUUGGAGAAGGCUUUCUGGAACUGGGUGGAGUAUUAUCCUGAUGAAUUUACUAUGCUUUACCAGAGACCGCAGGCUGACAUGGCGGACUCUGCAGAGAAGUUGUUUGACCUGGUCGACAGUUUUGCAGAGAGUGCUAAGCGGAAAGCUGCUGUGUGGCCACUGCAAAUCAUCCUUCUCAUUCUCUGUCCUGAGAUCACACAGAGCAUCUCUAAAGAAGUGGUGGAGGAGAGCAAGGCUAACAAGAAGUUGUUUUUGGAGAGUCUAAGGAAGGCCCUGGCUGGUCACAGUAGCAGCAAGCAGUUGACUGAGAGUGCAGCCAUCGCCUGUGUCAAACUGUCGAAAGCCUGCACGUACAUUAACUGGGAGGAUCAUUCUGUCAUCUUCCUUCUGGUGCAGUCGAUAGUAAUGGAUCUCAAAGCUCUCCUGUUCAACCCCACAAAGCCGUUCUCCAGGGGCACUGGGUGCCAGAGUGCUGACGUGGACCUGAUGAUCGACUGCUUUGUGUCCUGCUUCCGCAUCAACCCACACAACAACCAGCACUUCAAGGUCUGUCUGGCUUCCAGCUCCCCACCAACCUUCCAUUUUGUCCUGGUCAACUCUCUGCACAAAAUCAUUACUAAUUCUCACUUGGAUUGGUGGCCAAAGAUUGACACAAUCUACUGCUACUCUGGAGAGCUGCGUGCCAUGUUUGCAGACACACAGACGCGGGUUGUCCAGAGCCUUAGUGCCCACGCCCCACUAAGGAUGACCCCAAGUCUGACAUUCAAAGAGAAGAUGACAACCAGCCUGAAAUUUAAAGAAAAGUCUGCAGACCUGGACUCGCGCUCUCUUCUCCUGGCUUUGGUCAAACUCAUCCAUGCCGACCCCAAACUAAUGCUACAUAACCCUGGGAAGCAGGGCCAGGAGAUCCAGAACAGCACAGCUGAACUCAUCAUAGGCCUCGUCCAGCUUGUACCCCUGACCCAUACUUCAGAGCUCUCUCAGGAGGCCAUGGAGGCACUUUUGGUGUUGCAUCAACCUGAGACCAUUGAGCUGUGGAACCCUGAUACACCAAUUGAGACCUUCUGGGACAUCAGUUCUCAGGUCCUGUUUCUUAUCUGUAAGAAGUUGAUUGGUCACCAGAUGAUCAACAGUACAGAGAUCUUGAAGUGGCUGAGAGAGAUUCUCAUCUGCAGGAAUAAGUUCCUCCUGAAGAACAAAGAGAGUGCCACACAGGGGAGUCUAAUCCCCAUCAGCAGACAAUCGCAGACCAAGAUGGAAGUGUGCCUGUAUUCUUUUCUGUGGAGCCCAGACGCUGAGGCUGUGCUGGUGGCCAUGUCCUGCUUCCGGCACCUGUGUGAGGAGGCGGACAUCCGCUGCAGCGUAGACGAGCUGCCUGUACACACAGUUCUGCCCAACUACAACACUUUCAUGGAGUUCGCCUCAGUCAGCAACAUGAUGGCCACAGGUCGCUCUACCCUCCAGAAGAGAGUGAUGGCACUGUUGAGGAGAAUUGAGCAUCCUACAGCUGGCAACAUAGAGGCAUGGGAGGACACGCAUGCUAAAUGGGAACAAGCAACGAAACAAAUACUAAACCAUCCAAAGAACAAAGUUGAAGAUGGUCAGGAGUGGAUCAACAUGACGGGCUUCCUGUGUGCUCUGGGUGGAGUGUGUCUGCAGCAGCGCAGUACUCCCAGCCUUGGUACCUACAGCCCACCAAUGGGGCCAAUGAGUGAGCGCAAGGGAUCCAUGAUCUCCAUGGGUUCGUGUGACGUGAACAGUGAGACGCCCCUUAGCAGGUUCCUGGAGAGGCUGCUGUCCCUCAUGGUGUGCACACAUGAAAAAGUGGGCUUGCACAUCCGCACCAAUGUUAAAGAUCUGCUGGGACUGGAGCUGAGCCCGGCUCUCUACUCUAUGCUCUUCACCAAACUGCGUAACAGCAUUGGACGUUUCUUUGACACCCAAGGGCCUGUGCCCAUAAAUGACACAAAUACGUUAUUUGUGGAGCAGACUAUUGCCAUCAUGAAGAACCUUCUGGACAGCCACACUGAGGGCAGCUCUGAGCACCUUGGUCAGGCUAGCAUUGAGACCAUGAUGCUCAACUUGGUCAGAUAUGUGCGCAUUUUAGGGAAUGGGGUCCAUGCAAUACAGAUUAAAACUAAACUUUGUCAACUUGUAGAGGUUAUGAUGGAACGGAGAGAUGAUCUCUCCUUCUGCCAAGAGAUGAAAUUUAGGAAUAAGAUGGUGGAGUACCUGACUGACUGGGUGAUGGGCACCUCCAAUCAAGCAGCGGAUGAUGAUGUCAAAUAUCUCACACGGGACCUUGACCAGGCCAGUAUGGAGGCUGUGGUGUCUCUGCUGGCUGGUUUACCACUACAGCCUGAGGAAGGAGAUGGAGUGGAGCUGAUGGAGGCCAAGUCUCAGCUUUUUCUUAAGUACUUCACUCUGUUCAUGAACCUUCUGAAUGACUGCAGUGAGGUGGAGGAAGAUGGACAGCAGGUGGGCGAAAGAAAACGGGGCAUGUCCCGACGUCUCGCCUCACUACGGCACUGCACUGUACUUGCCAUGUCCAACCUGCUCAACGCCAACGUGGACAGCGGCCUCAUGCACUCGAUAGGACUGGGCUACCAUAAAGACUUGCAGACAAGGGCUACAUUCAUGGAGGUGCUGACUAAGAUUCUGCAACAAGGCACAGAGUUUGACACGCUGGCUGAGACUGUUCUAGCUGACCGCUUUGAGAGGCUGGUGGAACUUGUCACCAUGAUGGGGGAUCAAGGGGAGCUUCCCAUUGCCAUGGCACUGGCCAAUGUGGUACCCUGCUCCCAGUGGGAUGAGCUAGCCAGGGUGUUGGUGACGCUGUUCGACUCAAGGCACCUGCUCUACCAGCUGCUCUGGAAUAUGUUCUCUAAAGAGGUGGAGCUGGCUGACUCCAUGCAGACUCUCUUCAGAGGCAACAGUCUGGCUAGCAAGAUCAUGACUUUCUGCUUCAAGGUGUAUGGAGCUACUUAUCUUCAGAAGCUGCUCGAGCCUCUGAUGCGUGGUGUCAUCACAUCUCCUGAGUGGCAGCACAUAAGCUUUGAGGUUGACCCCACCAGACUAGAACCUACUGAAAACCUGGAGGAGAACCAGCGUAACCUGUUGCAGAUCACAGACCGUUUCUUCCUGGCCAUCAUAAAUUCCUCCAGCGAGUUUCCUCCUCAGCUGCGAAGCGUAUGCCAUUGUUUGUAUCAGGCUACUUGCCACUCCCUACUGAAUAAAGCCACUGUUAAAGAAAAAAAGGAAAACAAAAAAUCAGUGGUGAGUCAGCGUUUUCCCCAGAACAGCAUUGGUGCCGUUGGCAGUGCCAUGUUUCUGCGCUUCAUCAACCCUGCCAUAGUUUCUCCAUAUGAGGCAGGCAUCUUGGAUAAGAAGCCUCCUCCUCGGAUUGAGCGAGGCCUCAAACUCAUGUCUAAGAUUCUCCAGAGUAUUGCCAAUCAUGUUCUCUUUACCAAGGAAGAGCAUAUGAGGCCAUUUAAUGAUUUUGUCAAAAACAACUUUGAGGCAGCAAGGAGAUUUUUCUUGGACAUCGCAUCUGACUCCCCUCCUAGUGAUUCAGUCAAUCAUAGCUUGUCCUUCAUCAGUGAUGGUAAUGUGCUUGCCCUACACCGUCUGCUCUGGAACAACCAGGAGAGGAUUGGGCAGUAUUUAUCCAGCAACAGGGACCACAAAGCUGUUGGUAGAAGACCCUUUGAUAAGAUGGCUACGCUCUUGGCGUAUCUUGGCCCCCCUGAGCACAAACCUGUAGCAGAUACUCACUGGUCCAGUCUCAAUCUCACCAGUUCUAAGUUUGAGGAGUUCAUGACCAGGCACCAGGUCCAUGAAAAAGAAGAAUUUAAAGCUCUGAAGACACUUAAUAUCUUUUACCAGGCAGGAACAUCUAAGAAUGGCAACCCUGUCUUCUAUUACAUUGCUCGAAGGUUCAAAACAGGGCAGAUCAAUGGUGACCUUCUAAUUUACCAUGUACUACUCACACUCAAACCAUACUAUGCUAAACACUACGAGAUAGUUGUGGAUCUCACUCAUGUUGGCCCAAGCAACCGCUUCAAGACUGACUUCCUCUCCAAGUGGUUUGUUGUGUUUCCAAACUUUGCCUAUGAGAAUGUGGCUGCCGUCUUUAUCUAUAACUGCAACACCUGGGUGCGGGAAUACACCAAAUACCAUGAGCGGCUACUGACUGGUCUAAAAGGCAGUAAGAAGUUGUUGUUUAUCGACUCGCCUGCACGUCUUGCCGAAUAUGUGGAACCUGACCAGCAGAAGCUUCCUGCUUCGACCUUGGCCCUGGAGGAGGACCUCAAAGUUUUCCAUAAUGCACUUAAGCUUGCUCACAAAGACACAAAAGUGUCUAUUAAGGUUGGCUCCACAGCUGUACAGGUGACCUCAGCUGAGCGUACCCGUGUUUUGGGCCAGUCAGUCUUCCUCAAUGAUAUCUACUAUGCCUCAGAGAUCGAAGAGAUCUGCCUUGUUGAUGAAAACCAGUUCACACUGACUAUCGCCAACCAAGGCACACCCCUCACCUUUAUGCACCAGGAAUGUGAUGCCAUAGUUCAGUCCAUAAUCCAUAUCCGUACACGCUGGGAGCUCUCUCAGCCCGACUCCAUCCCCCAGCACACCAAAAUCAGGCCUAAAGAUGUGCCUGGAACUUUGCUCAACAUUGCCCUUCUCAACUUGGGCAGUUCUGACCCCAGCUUGAGGUCAGCGGCAUACAACCUUCUGUGUGCCUUAACCUGCACUUUCAACCUCAAGAUUGAAGGGCAACUCCUGGAAACAUCUGGCUUAUGCAUCCCAGCCAACAACACCCUUUUUAUUGUGUCCAUCAGUAAGACUUUAGCAGCCAAUGAACCUCAUCUCACCCUGGAGUUUCUGGAAGAAUGUAUCAGUGGUUUUAGCAAGUCAAGUAUUGAACUGAAGCACUUGUGUCUGGAAUACAUGACUCCUUGGUUGCGCAACCUGGUUCGCUUCUGUAAGCACAAUGAUGAUGCCAAGCGUCAACGUGUAACUGCCAUUCUGGAUAAGCUGAUCACUAUGACCAUCAAUGAGAAGCAGAUGUAUCCAUCAAUUCAAGCUAAAAUCUGGGGCAGCCUGGGUCAGAUCUCAGACCUGCUAGAUGUGGUGUUGGAUAGCUUCAUAAAGACCAGCGCAACUGGGGGUCUGGGAUCAAUCAAAGCUGAAGUAAUGGCUGAUACAGCUGUGGCUCUGGCAUCUGGAAAUGUUAAAUUGGUUUCAAGCAAGGUGAUUGGCCGAAUGUGCAAGAUAAUUGAUAAGACGUGUCUGUCUCCCACUCCUACUCUGGAGCAGCACCUGAUGUGGGAUGACAUUGCCAUCCUGGCGCGCUACAUGCUCAUGCUGUCCUUUAACAACUCUCUGGAUGUGGCAGCCCACUUGCCUUACCUCUUCCAUGUGGUCACUCUGCUGGUGGCUACGGGACCCCUGUCCCUCAGAGCUUCCACCCACGGCCUGGUCAUUAACAUCAUCCACUCACUGUGUACCUGUUCCCAGCUCAACUUCAGUGAGGAGACUAAACAAGUGCUGCGAUUGAGUCUCACUGAAUUCUCCUUGCCCAAGUUCUACCUGCUAUUUGGCAUCAGUAAGGUCAAAUCAGCGGCGGUCAUAGCGUUCCGCUCCAGCUACAGAGACCGCUCGUUCUCUCCAGGCUCUUAUGAGAGGGAAACCUUUGCCCUGUCCUCCCUAGAGACGGUCACUGAAGCCCUGCUGGAAAUUAUGGAGGCUUGUAUGAGGGACAUUCCUGGAUGCAAAUGGUUAGACCAGUGGACAGAGUUAGCGCAGAAAUUUGCCUUCCAGUAUAACCCGUCUCUUCAGCCGCGGGCGCUGGUGGUGUUUGGCUGCAUCAGUAAACGUGUAACUCAUGGUCAGAUCAAACAGAUCAUCCGCAUCCUCAGCAAAGCCAGUCCUCUGCUCAGCAUAGACCGGGGGCUGGAGAGCUGCUUAAAGGGGCCGGAUAAUUACAACAGUCAGGUUCUCAUUGAAGCCACAGUCAUCGCUCUAACCAAACUACAACCCCUACUCAGUCAGGACUCUCCCAUGCACAAGGCUCUGUUCUGGGUAGCGGUCGCGGUACUGCAGCUAGAUGAGGUAAAUCUAUACUCAGCUGGGACUGCACUGCUGGAGCAGAACCUCCACACACUCGACAGCCUCCGGGUGUUUAAUGACAAGAGUCCUGAGGAGGUCUUUAUGGAGAUACGGAAGCCUCUAGAAUGGGAUUGUAAACAAAUGGACCAUUUUGUUGGCCUUAACUUCAACUCCAACUUCAAUUUUGCACUAGUUGGACAUCUGCUGAAAGGUUACAGACAUCCAUCUUCAACCACGGUGGCAAGAACAGUGCGUAUCCUCCACACGCUCCUGGGUCUGGUGGGAAAACACCGCAACUGUGACAAAUUUGAAGUGAACACUCAGAGUGUGGCCUACCUGGCAGCUCUGCUCACAGUGUCUGAGGAGGUGCGCAGCCGCUGCAGUCUCAAACACAGGAAGUCUUUGCUUCUUUCAGAUGUUACCAUGGAGAACUUCCCUGUGGACACUUACUCCGUUUAUCACGCUGAGCCCGGGUGCAGACCACUAAAGGAGAGUCAGCCAUGGACAUCACCCAAAGUAUCAGAACGCUACCUGGCAGCAUAUUAUCCCACAAUGGGGCAGACCAGCCCACGCACACGCAAGUCCAUGAGCGUCGACAUGGGGCAGCCAUCACAGGCCAAUGCCAAGAAACUACUCGGUACCAGGAAGAGUUUUGACCAUCUGAUUUCAGAUUCCAAAGCACCAAAGAGACCAGAGAUGGAAUCAGGCAUCACCACUCCUCCGAAGAUAAGGCGAGUGGCUGAGAAUGACUAUGACCUUGAGUCUCAAAGAAUAGCCAACUCCCAUUUGCGCAAGGUCUCCGUGUCCGAGUCCAACGUACUGCUGGAUGAAGAGGUGCUCACUGACCCCAAGAUCCAAAUGCUGCUCUUAACCGUGCUGGCUACACAAGUGAAGUACUCAACUGAUGAGUUCCACCAGAGGAUUCUGUACGAGUAUUUGGCUGAAGCCAGUGUGGUCUUUCCAAAGGUGUUCCCAGUGGUGCACAAUCUACUGGACUCCAAGAUCAGUACGCUGCUGUCCAUGUGCCAGGACCCCAACCUCCUGAACCCUGUCCAUGGCAUUGUCCAGAGUGUAGUCUACCACGAGGAGUCUCCCCCUCAGUACCAGCCAUCCUGCCUGCAGAGCUUCGGUUUUAAUGGACUUUGGAGGUUUGCUGGCCCCUUCUCGAAGCAAACACAGAUCCCGGAUUACGCUGAACUAGUAGUCAAGUUCCUGGAUGCUCUGAUUGAUACCUACCUUCCGGGUAUUGAAGAGGAAGGAGGCGAGGAGUCCCAGCGAACACCAACCUCUCCGUAUCCACCCAUCGUUCAGAGCCAGCUGAGCAUCACUGCCAACCUCAACUUGUCCAACUCCAUGACCUCGUUGGCGACCUCGCAGCACUCACCAGGUAUUGAUAAGGAGAACGUGGAGCUGUCUCCCACCUCCAGCCUGUGCAGCAGUGGCAGGGCACGCCACGGAUCAGCCAGUCAGGUCCAGAAACAACGAAGCACUGGCAGCUUCAAACGAACCAGCAUCAAGAAGAUCGUCUGAGCACACUCUGAGACCUGACUGGGCAUUCAGGAGGCUGCAUUCACCAUCCUUCACAAACUGUUUCCGUUCCAUGUUCUCCAGUCUAAGAUGGUUCCUGCGUAAGAGAACUGCUUUAGUUUGACCUUAGUUUGGUGUGGAAGCCAGAAGACUAGUGUUUACUUGUGCAGGAUGUUUGCAUGAGCGGAGUGUGAUCUCAGCAGUGCUGUUUAGAAUCAAUCGAGAUGCUUUUACAGGUGCAUGAAGAGAAAAAGUUGUAAACCUGUAGGUCGUAUGCUUUUACACCCUACUGACUUUUCAGCUUCUACUCUGAAAGUCAGGGGAACAAGAGGGAACCCACAUGGUUAAGACGGCGUCUGCUAAUUUAAUCUUUAGUAUCAGCAGAAGAUUAUACAGACUGUAGAACCAGAUUGCUCUCAUCUUUUGAGAUUUUGGGGCCAACCAUCUGAAGGCCUGUCAUGGUGAGUGGAGUCUGAAGAGACGAUAAAAUCAGUGGCGGACUUCAAUAGCCACUACGACACCUGACCAAACUGACUGUGGAGAACGAAGGCCUCAAAGGCAGGAAUUUUACCUGGGUCCAUUUGUCCUGGACGAUUGAAUGCGCAGGUCCUCAGACCCUGAUAUCAACAAGCUUGAAAUUUGGACUGCGAUCGGACAUCGUUCUGAUGCCGAGCAGAUGUAUAUAUGGAAAUGAUGUGUAUGAUGAUGACAAUGACGCUCACACAUUUUGGGUUGUUGUUUUGUCCAUUGUGUGCCUUUGUCAGGUCUACCAGCUGUGUAUAGUUUGUAAGAUAAGCUGAAGAAGGGGAAAAACAGGUACUAAUUAUUGAGAAAUGUCCUUCAUGUUAUACAUAUGUCCAUACAUUGCUGCAGUGUAUUUAAAAAAAAAAAUCAUAUCCUCAAAUAUAUAGGUAUCAUUACUUGCUGCAUUUACUGUACAUAUUUAUUAUGUGAAGUUAGCGAACUCACAGUGACGGUGUCCCUUAUAAUCACCGAUGUCUGUCUUUCUAACCAUCUGUCAUUCAAAUAAUUAUGCUGACAAGAACAGUUAUAUUAACAAGUGCUAUAUGAUUAAAUUCCCAUAAUAUUGAGCAUAGCAAAAUGACAUUAGGGAGCAAAAGUAAUUUGAACUGACUUUGCGAAUAUAUAGUAUUGUCUGUUUUUACGUUUAUAAGACAGAGAGAGAAUUGACAUGGGGUGUGUGUACUCUGCGAUUGGUACCCCUUCAGUCAGAAAGCAUUUAGCAAAACGGUACAGAUCUGCGAGCGAGUCAUGGUGACUUGGAUUGCAAUAAGGAGAGUAGGACAUGCUUUCCUUCAUGACUGUUGGUCAUGUCUUUAACAUUUCCUAUGGCCUGUUUUCUUUUGCUUGUUACAUGUCGUCAUUAUCUACAUAUGCAUACAUGUCUGUUGUCCUCAUAUGAGGACAAACGUGCCAUUUACUUACACUUUUAACUACAAAUGCCACUACAGUGAAGAAUCCACAGUGCAUUAUAAACGGAAAGGUCAAGGCCUGAGGAGGUUUGCUGAUUAUGUGCAAUAUUCUCAAACAUAUUCUGACAGCCCCCCCCCCCCCCCCCCCCCUUUUUUUAAGGUGAAAAUAAUUUUUGCCAGCUCCCCCUAUUCCCCCCCUUCCUCCAAGAAGGACAGUGUCUUGUUGACUGUUUUUAAAGGGAAAUUUUAACACUAAAAAGGAAACCUAUAAAUGCAUUACCCAGUUCUUGUUGAAGAAAACCAAAGUUAUUUGUUGAUUGAGAUUCUGUGGUAAAUUUAUUCAACCACUAUACCCAUUUUCAACCACUCAGCCUUGAACAAAUGGCUUUAAAUGGUUUGCUCAUGUCAUACAUGUGUUGGUCAUUAUUAAUUACCUACCGUGACCUCAUGCUUUGCUGUUGAAUUGGGACCAAACCUGUCUUGCAGUUAUUUUCAUCAGUUUGUGGGAUUUUUUUUUUUUUUUUUAAUCUUUCUGGUCUGAUUGUUUAACCUUUAUAACUACAGUAUUUUAUGCUUCUCAUGUGUUAUACCAGUGUCUAUAUAAAGCUGCGGCCAUUUUAAAGGUGAUAGUGUUACUCUUCUCAGUUGGUGGUUUUGCACCAUUGUCCUUUUUCUCACUUGUUGACGGAUUGGUAAUAUCAGUUGCAGGGUCACUUUGAAUACAUUAGAACAUGUCUAUUUCCACACAGAGGACUGACGUAGGUAAGGAUGAGUUGGUUUAACCCUGUGACGUUCCCACUCUGUCCCUCAAGUUCAUUAAUCCCAGACAUCUAUUUGAUAGGACACAGCAAAACUGAAACCUACAAGUUCUCAGGAUCUACAGGAGUCUAAUAUCUAAAGCUAUAGAUGCAGGAAUGAUAUUUUCUGCCUGCACAUCACUUAUUUGGUAGCAUGCUUGCCCUUGAAAUGUGUUUAAACUAUGACAUUAACAAACUUUUUACUCAUUUCCAUCCCGAUUUGUGGUCAAAGAACUCUACGUACAUUGAAAAUAAGUAACAAUGUGUAUUUUAUAAUGCAAAACUGUGUUCGUCUGAAGCAUUUACUGCGUUUUAAUUAUCAUCUGUAAACAGCACAUUAGUCAUCUGUAAAUAUAUUUGUGUAAAAUUGGAAGUUAUAUGAUUGUAAAUAAAACAUUGUAUUGCUUUUUUUGUAAAGCAGUUAGUUGCUGUACAUGUAUAACAUGGCAAUUUAAUUAUACCUGUGUUCAUAAUAAAAGUUGUCCACUACCCUGUCACAGUGAUAUCAAGUAAAUGCAUUAAAUGUACUGUUUUUCUUUC